AUGUCCGCCACUAUAGUUCUUUGGUCAAUUCUAGGCCUCGUUGUCCUCAGAGUCAUUUAUGAGCGCAUACGAGACAGAAGUCUUCCUCCAGGACCUCGCCGUCUUCCACUUAUCGGAAAUUUCCAUCAAGCCCCUACCGAACUUCCAUGGAUAACCUACCGAAAUUGGAUCCAGGAGUAUGGUCCUAUCACCAGUGCCCAAUUCGGCGGGAACACGGUGAUUUUCAUAGGAGACGCCUCUAUCGCCAGAGACCUUCUAGACAAACGAGGCAAUAUCUACAGUGAUCGACCGCGAAUGGUUAUGGCUGGCGAGAACUUGACAAAAGGCAUGCACUUGUUACUUCGCCGCUACGAUGAACGAUACAAGCUUCAUCAACGUCUUGAUGCACCAGUGCUCAGUCCCCGUGCGUCAAAGACAUACUAUCCGUUGCAGGAUCUGGAAAGCAAGCAGCUAUUGUUUGAUUUCUUGUCGACGAAUCAUUUUAGAAAGGUGUAUGAACGAUACGCGGCAAGUCUGGUUUAUAGUCUUGCAUACGGAAUCCGCUUGCAGACCGGUGCCGAGCCGAUGUUGAAGCAUGCACACCAAAUACAGGAAAAUUUUGGAUACGCGGGCCGUGUGGGUACGUGGAUUGUAGAUGCACUACCUUUCCUUAACAUCCUCCCAUCUUGUCUGGCCCCGUGGAAAAAGACAGCCGAAGCAUUCUACCAUCUUGAAAAGGCGCUGCACUUGGGUAACAUGCAGACCGCACUCGCUAGCAAGAGCUGGAACUGGGCCAAAGAGUUCUUGGCUUCUAAAGAAGCGUCUGAGAUGUCAGAUAUUGAAUUGGCUUACAAUGUGGGAAUCCUUGCCGACGCCGGUCUUGAUACUACCUCCGUGCAAAUGCGUAUGUUCACCCUGGGUGUUAUCUCGUAUCCAGAGUUUGUCACGAAGGCCCAGCAAGAAUUAGAUGAAGUUAUUGGAUUAGACCAACUUCCCACUCUAGAAGACGAACCCGACCUUCCUUAUGUCACUGCAGUGAUGAAGGAGAGCCUUCGAUGGCGUUCUAUUGUUCCGGGGGGCAUCCCGCAUGCCACUCUAGAGGAAGACGACUACCUAGGUUAUCGAAUUCCAAAGGGAGCUACCAUAAUAAGCUUGUUCUGGGCUAUGGCCCUGGAUGAGAACACGUUCGAUAGGCCUCUAGAGUUUCGUCCCGAAAGAUGGCUGGAGGUGCCAGAGAGUGGGAAAGAGCGAUUUGUGAAUUUCUUCGGAUACGGACGUCGCAUCUGCACGGGCAGGCAUAUUGCCAAAAACUCGCUCUUCUUACUUAUUGCACGUAUUCUAUGGGGUUUCAAUAUUUGUCCUACUAUCGGUGAUGAUGGUAAGCCCAAACAAGUUAAUGAUAUGCACAUGACCUCGGGGUUUGUCUCUUCACCAUUGCCAUUUGAGGCCAUCUUCAAGCCACGCAGCGAGCAUCACAAGGAAAUUAUUGAGAGUAGCUGGCACAAUGCUGAGAAGGAUGUGGGCGUGAUUCUGGGUUCUAUCAAAGAGAAGCAGAUUUCGAUUGGUUUAAAAGUUCGUGGUUGA